AUGGAAGCUAUGUUUUCAUGUGGCAGAGUUGCAUUUGCAAUUAUAACAAUAUUAUGCUGCUUCACUUCCCCUGCAAUUGCAUGCCCCUUCCCUGAAAGAAAUCUUCUCCUGGAUUUCAAGGCAGCCGUUGUAGAUGAGGAUAACACGCUAACUUCCUGGCACGGAUUCAAUUGCUGCACGUGGAGAGGAGUCAGUUGUAAUCUCCGCACAGGCCAUGUUUCUCGACUGGAUCUGAGUGGAUACAAUUUGAAAGGUAACAUCAGUUCAUCGCUGUUCCAACUUGCACGGUUGGAGCACCUCGAUCUCAGUGACAACCUCUUCAAGGCUUAUCAAAUCUGGCGAGCUUGGAAUACCUCUCUUGCUGAAGUGAACAUCUCUGCAAGCAAAGAGUGGGGUGAAGCUGUUGGCAGUCUAUCCAAGCUUCAACAACUGAGCAUGUCUGACUGUGGGCUUGGAGGACAAAUUCCCAAUUCCCUUCUCAACCUCACCUCUCUGCUUCAUCUGGAUCUAUCAGAGAACUAUUUGUCAGCACAUAUACCAGCUUGGUUUGAAAAUGUGACUGGGCGCUUGCUCUCUCUUGAUCUCUCUUGGAAUAAGAAUCUUGGAGGAGACAUUUCUUUCAUUGGACAACGAAAGUCUUCUUUGUCACUAACCAGCAUUGGUCUUUCAAUGACAGCCAUCAAGGGCCGAAUUCCAUCUGCUAUAUUGAAUAUCUCAUGCUUGGAGCAUCUUCGUCUUUCAUAUACCAGAAUUGAAGGUGAGAUUCCAGCUUCUAUAGAGAAUUUGUUGUCCUUGCAAAGUCUUGAUCUAUCAGAUACCAGAAUUGAAGGUGUGAUUCCAUCUGCUAUAGGGAAUGUGUCGUCCUUGAAGAGUCUUUAUCUGUGUGAUAUCUCUAUUGAAGGUGAGUUUCCUGUCUCCAUACUCAAUCUCUCUAAACUUGUUGAAUUGGACCUGUCCUACAACAUGUUAACUGGGGUAAUCCCAGCUUCAUUGGACUCACUUUCUUCCCUUGUUAGUCUUGAACUUUAUGCCAACGAAUUGAAUGGUACGAUUCCAUCUACAAUUUCAAAUCUUGUUAACUUAAGAAGAAUUUCGCUCCACUCCAAUAGUUUAAGCGGCCUCAUUUCCCUUUCUGUAUUCGACAAUCUCACUAGACUUAUGAGCUGUAUCUUUCUUACAAUCAGUUAA